CAGUGCCUGCUGUCAGGUCUUCUGAUUGAACACAGUUAGCUGGAUUUGCCUAGCAAACAGCUCAGCCAAACGGCUACAUGGACAGCUGACUUUCUUGUCAGUUUAAGGGCUCUUCUCAUAUAUAUUUUUUGCCAGAUAACGAAGUGAAGGGGUACGUGAAGAAGUGUUUUCUGUCAGCACCCUUUAGUCAGAAGACAACAAGAGAACUGAAAUUGGAGCUAACGCUGGUUAGCGGGCUAAUGUUAGCUUGCCAACGCAAUGGGAUACAGAUGUAGCCUAGAUGAUGUAAGGCACGGCUGCCUGUAGAGACCAAGAUGACUGAAGUCCAGGCCACAGUGGAGUUCUCUGUGGAGCUCCACAAGUUCUACAAUGUGGACCUGUUCCAAAGAGGGUUCUACCAAAUGCGUGCCAGUCUUAAGGUGCCCCCUCGAGUUCCACACAAAGUUGAGACCAGUCUACUUCAUCCAGGAGGCUCUGAUCUGGCAUUCCCUGCUUCAGUCCAAGAUGACGUCAUCUGCAGUAAAACUUUCCAAAUCCUUUAUAAGAACGAAGAGGUUGUGGUCAAUGAUGUCCUUCUCUUCAAAGUGAUGAUGCUGCUGGAUGAGAAGAAGGUGGAAGAGUCCCUCAAUGACAUGGAUUUUCAGCUCUUAUUGGACUUGUAUUUCACAGAUGGUGAUUACACGCCAGAGGAUGCAAGCUCUCUACAGAACAUCAGUGGCCGCACAGUUCGUCUGCACUUUAGCCUACAGCGAGGCAUCCACCAACACAUCAAUGUCAUGUUUGACUAUUUCCACCUGUCUGUCAUUUCUGUAGCUAUCCAUGCCUCUCUUGUGGCACUACAUCAGCCUCUUAUCAGUUUUCCUCGGCCUGUGAAAACCACAUGGCUUAACCGAAAUGCUCCAGCACAGAGCAAAGACUCGGUCAUCCCACCUCUGGAAAAUGUGGUGUUUGGCAGCACUUACGUCAAGCAAGUGUCACCAGAUGGGAGGACAUUCCUGGUGUCUGACCACUGUCUGCAGCAUGCCUUCAGUCUGCACCAUAACCUUUGCUCCAAUCUCCUAUUAGCCUACCAGGGCCUAUUUGAUUACUUCACCUCUAUUACCAAGGACCUGCCCUCCUCCCAGCGUAUGGAACUAGCCAAGCCCAGCAUGCAAGUCCUAUAUGAGAGAGUUCUCAGAAGACCCUAUCCCCGAGGUCAAAGGCACGUCUACAUAGAACAACUCGACUUAGAAGUCCGCCUAAAGGACCUGUGUGAACAAGUCAAGCAAAAAGCCGAGUCCCCUGAUGAGCUGGCAGAACUAGUUAAUAUGAACCUGGCCCAGCUCUGCUCGCUGCUCAUGGCACUCUGGGGACAGUUUCUAGAAGUUGUGUCCCUGCAGGAGCAUGUUGCUGCCCUUCUUGCUAUGGAGCACCAUACACUAAGAGUUAGGCGGUUUGCUGAGGCUUUCUUUUGUCUCGAACAUCCAAGACAAUCUGCGCUGGCUUAUCAGGAGCUUCAUGCUCACAGUCACCAGCAGAUGACUAAUGCAAUCAAAAGCUCCAGCUACUUCUUGUCUUUGCCUCCACUUCCAGUGGAAUGUGCAGACCUUGAUGGCGACGUUAGUUCCCUGCCAGUUAUUUUCGAAGAUAGAUACCUGGAUUCUAUCACUGAAGACCGUGAUGGACCAUGGCUUGGCAUGCACAAUGUCAGGACUGCCUCCGUUUCCAGUAAAACAGAAAAGCUGAACACAAAGGAGCAUAGUGCAGGAGCAAGUCCCAUUCCUGCAUCAGGUUGUGCCCCUGUGGAUAAUACCUGGCCAGAUAGCUACGAUCCACCACCUAAAUCCAAAGGGAAGUCAGUAAAACUGAAGAAAAAUUCAAAGACUGAGAAUUCCAAGAAACUGAUUAGACAGGGUUCUAAGGACUCUGUGGUUUUAGUGGGCUACAAGAACCUUAAAGCUCCAUAUGGGGACAGUAGCACAAAGUACAAAGAAGGAGAGGCUCCGCUUAACCAAGAUGAGGAACGAGAUACCUUGCAAGGGGACUCGAAUAGUUAUUUACAGACUAAUGCUAGUUUUGUUUUUGAUUCUGGUGCCACAUCAGUGCAUUCUGGAAACUCUGCUGAUGGUUCUGUUGCAGACAAUGUUAUCACUACAACUGCUUGUCAUAAAGCUCUUUUUAAAACUCUUUCUACUAUGGACACAAACAGUUAUCCUCAGGCAGGUACUGAGGCUACUGCUCCAAGCCAGCAAAUUAAAAAAUGUGAGCAAGUUGACCUUGGUAGCCAGAAGUUGCCACAGUGGUCUACUGGGCUGAAGCAAAGUGAGAUGAAACCAGUUAACAGAGACCCGUUCCAAGCAGAUAAAGUAACGCUUCUCCUGCCAUAUCAGACUGACGGAAGUCUCAGCAGUAAAAUUCCUCAGAUCAGCCAAAGAGACUUUGAUAGCUCCCAACGGUCCACAACAGAAUCUGUCUUUGAAAGGCCGAGUAUGGAGGCAGCACAGCGAGGCCGGCUCAGUGUGGUCUCCGUUCAAGUAAAAGGUGAUUGUAUCAGGCUGCCAGAUGGUGGAGCCCCCAGUGCCUCAUCUCGCCUCUCCGACUCAGGCAUUGAGAGUGAGCCCAGCUCCUUUGCCACUCAGCUUGGUCUGGGGCCGCAUGCCAGUGCAGGGCCAGGUGUUACUGAAUUGUGUGUCACUGCUCCACAGCCAGAGAGGACCCUUCAGAUUGCUGCUCCGCGACCUGCUCAGCAAAGCCCAGUGCAAAAGCCUAGUGGCACAGGAGAAGCUCUGUACCCAGAAAAUACAAGUGCUGUCAGUGGAGUCCAGUCUUCACUCACUUCCAUAAACUCCCUGCCCUCUGAUGAUGAGGGUGAAGGUUCUUUAAAGAGUUCCAGCGGAGCUGAUAUCCGAGCUGGCAGGAAGUCCAGUGUUUUGGUGCAAGAGCAGAGUGUAGUCUUUUCUGGGGAUGUAACUAAGAGGCCUGAUGUGGCCUGCAACCCUGACACUGUUUCAGGUGAUCACCUACUUAGAAAACCUGCAUUAGACAUGGAAACAGACUUAACAGGCAGUUCUGAAUUUGGAGCAGAGGAAGCAGGUGGCCCUGGGACCCUUAAAGAAUCCCAUAGUGAACCCCAUACAGCCUGCCCCUCCAGUAACUCUGCUACUAGUAGCACUGACUUGGUAAAACGCGGGAUGGUCGAAAACUACUUUGGCUCGUGCUCCAGCACAGACGUAUCUGAGAUCAGCCCUGUAGAAACAUCUGCAAUCACUUUAGGAAUCCAAACAGGACCACAACUUGAGGAAGAUGAGGACGAGACGGAACAUGAGAUGAUUGAGAAUGGAUACUAUGAGGAAGGUGAUGGCUAUGCUUUUGUAAAUGGUGUUGCAGACGACGAGCAAACUGUGGCAGGGGAUGCAGCUGUUCAAGAGACAAGUCAUCUGUUUGAACAGCUUAGCAUUGGAUACAUCCAUGGAACAAAGGAUUUAUCUAAAGCGCCUAUGUGCCCCAACCUAGCCUCCAGCAGUGGUGGAUAUAGUUUGGGUAGGCCUUUGUAUUCUACCGCCUCCUUUUCUUCCAGCCUGCAUUGGUAUGAAUGUGCACCCACGCCACAGAUGAAAGCGUUCAUCAAGGCCAAGGAAGAAAUGAAGCAGCUAAAGCUCCCUGGUUUCUUGUACAGUGAAGUCCCAGAGCUUGCAUCCGCUGUACCCUAUUUCAGCUUAGAGGAAGAUGAAUGCUGUGAAGAGGGCAUCCAUCUCAUAGUGUGUGUCCAUGGCCUAGAUGGUAACAGUGCAGACCUGAGACUGGUGAAGACUUAUCUUGAGCUUGGUUUGCCUGGUGCUCGCAUCGACUUCUUAAUGUCUGAAAGGAAUCAGAACGACACCUUUGCUGACUUUGAGUCAAUGACAGAUCGACUGCUGGAUGAAAUAGUCCAGUACAUUCAGAUAUACAAUCUUACUGUGUCAAAGAUAAGUUUUGUGGGUCAUUCCUUGGGAAACCUCAUAGUUCGCUCAGUGCUGACCAGGCCCAGGUUUAAAUGCUACCUGAGCAAGCUGCACACCUUCCUUUCCCUCUCUGGACCUCACCUGGGCACACUGUACAACAGCUCAGCUCUGGUGAACACAGGCCUUUGGUUCAUGCAGAAGUGGAAAAAAUCUGGAUCACUGCUGCAGCUGACGUGCAGGGAUCACUCUGACCCUCGCCAAACUUUCCUUUACAAACUCAGCAAAAAAUCUGGUUUGCAGUAUUUCAAGAAUGUGGUAUUGGUGGGGUCACUGCAAGAUCGCUAUGUUCCCUAUCACUCUGCUCGAAUAGAGAUGUGUAAAACUGCAUUAAAGGACAAACAAACAGGGCCCGUGUAUGCCGAGAUGAUAGAAAAUCUGCUGCUACCAGUACUUCAAAACAAAGACUGCAAUCUUGUACGAUAUGAUGUCAUUCAUGCCCUACCCAACACAGCCAACUCCCUUAUCGGCCGGGCGGCCCACAUUGCCGUCCUCGAUUCAGAGAUCUUCCUGGAGAAAUUCUUCCUCGUUGCAGGUCUCAAGUUCUUUCAGUAGAGCUGCAUCAAGUCGCAACACUAGACUGGGACAAUUGGAAUGUGGCGCUGAUACCUCACAGCAACUAAAAGUUAUUCUGACAGUGGCAUCUACAUUAUCUCUUCUUUUAUGGAUAUACUUUUCAACUGUGUUUGAACAAAAUCAGUUAAUUUUGUUUAUAUUGGAAUCAUAGUGGAUUUGGAGUUUGCCUUUGUUUUUAUUUUUCUACUGCCAUUUUUUUAACAUUGUAUUUUGUGUUUGGGAAAUAAUUUUCCCCAUGAUAUGCUAUAUUUUUAGUGUUAUUUAUGUGUUAUGUUUUCAUUUUAAACUGUUUUACCCAGAGGUUUUUUUUCAAGGAAUUUUAGAUGCUAAACUGGAAAUGUAGCUGCUACAGAUAUGAAAUGGCUGUUUCUGUUGAGCUGGCCCAAGUUGUCUGCACAUACUGUCCUCACCGUUGCAAAUGUUUUUCCACAAAUUUUAAGAGACUGCAUUGAUUUGCACCAACUACAUUUUACUAGCUUUUGUACUGAAAAUUGUCAUUUGUACAAGUUACUUUUUUUAAUCAACAAUUUUCCAUCAUUUUUAAGGGCAAAGAUUUGAAAUAGGAUUGUUGCUUAGAUUUUGCAGCUUUGGCUUUGGUCUUAAUACUUGAUUCUGUUCCUUGCCAUUGCAGCAUUCUGCACAUUUACCCAGCCUGGUGUUGGGAGAGUAAAGCUUUGCCUAUGACAUAAUGAAAUUUGUUACAGGGGUUCUAAGCAAUCAUUAUUAUUCAUCUAAAGCACAUGUUGUAUGAACUUGUAUUGAAAGUAUUUGCUUGAUCAAUUGGUGAAUAUUUAUGUUUUAAACUGGAAAGUAUUGGUUGGAAUUAAGAAAAAUUUCUUCAACGGUUGUUUAAAUAUAUAUAUAUAUAUAUAUAUAUCUCAUUAUACUUUACCAUUAAAUAUGCAUAUUAUAAAGUAGGUUAUAAAACUUUUUUUCUUUCCUUGUUUAUUUGGAUUUGGAGAUUGUUACUUCCAAAUGUUUGGUUAAACUGCAGAAAUCAUGCCACAUAGCCUGUGAAUACAAUCUUCUGUUACAAAUCUAAAA